GACCCUUACCUUGCAUUGCUGAGCUACCGCACCGCACCACUGGCAUGCGGGCUCUCCCCAGCUGAGCUCCUCAUGGGUCGCAAGCUGCGUACAACGCUGCCACACCUAUCAUUGAAGACUAACAUGAAACAGUGGAUGGGAAAGCAAACUGAGCUCAAACUGAAGCAAAAAGAGAACUAUGAUAAAACAGCCAGGAGGCUGAGGGCUCUAGAAGAGAACGACACGGUGAGAGUUGAGGAUCGCGGAAUGUGGGAGCGAAAGGCCACUGUCCUCAAGGAAGUGAGCCCCAGGUCAUACAAAAUACGGAUGGAUGAUGGACAAGUACUCAGGAGAAACCGGAGGAGUUUGCUAAAGACUCAGGAACAGGACUCACAGAAACGGAUUCAGGAAGAGAUCGAUGCAGGUCGUCAGGCCAGAGAGACUACUGGUCCACAUGGUGGGAAUAAUGAUGGUAAUGAUGAGUUAUCAAACGACAUUAGUUCAACACCAGUCUUGAGAAGGUCAACUAGGACAAGAAGGCCACCAGAGAGACUGAUUGAACAAGGUUGAUGCGUUACCAAACACAUUAGUUCAAAACCAGUCUUGAGAAGGUCAACUAGGACAAGAAGGCCACCAGAGAGACUGAUUGUACAAAGUUAAAAAAAAAAAAAAAAAAAAAAAAAAAAAAACAGCAAUGUCAAUGUUGUUAGUGAAAGCAUUGACUGUUCAGGGUGGAGUUUAUUAUUAGUAAGUUCUAUUAAUGUUCAUAAAAUGUG